AUGAAGGAUUGGUCAGAAAAGCUUGAUGACGCUCUAUGGGCAUAUAGAACGGCGUACAAGACCCCAAUAGGCACAACUCCAUAUCGUCUAGUGUAUGGAAAAUCUUGUCAUCUACCGGUGGAGCUUGAGCACCGGACCCAAUGGGAGACCAAGAAGAUUAAUUUCGACUUGGCUAGCGCGGGAGAGAAAAGAUGGCUUGAUUUGCAUGAGCUUGAAGAGAUAAGGUUGGAAGCCUAUGAGUGUGCUAGCAACUAUAAGAAUCGCACUAAGGAUUGCCACGACCGGAACAUUGAAAAGAAAGCAUUUCUAAAAGGCGAUAAGGUACUCCUCUACAAUUCUAGGAUGAAAUUGUUUCCCGGGAAACUUUUAUCAAGGUGGAGUGGACCCUUUGUUGUCAAGGAACUGUUUCCUCAUGGAGCCGUGGAAGUUUGGGAUAUGGACGGCAAGAGAUCUUUCAAGGUGAAUGGGCAUCGCCUCAAGCUUUACUACGAGGGUGCUCAUAUGGGUGUUUUAGAAUCAACUCAAUGUAAUCUUACCUCCUGA